UCUGUUGAGUCCUGCGAUACCUCAACGCCAAUAGCGAGAGGGGCGAACCGCGACGGAGAUGUCGAGAAGCCCACUACUGAGGAGGGCGCAGUUGUACACUGCAUCGUGGCUAGGAGACGCCGCAGGGAUGCAAGGCGUCGGCGGGGGACUGAGUACGACGCUGGCGGAAAAGGUCCGCGUAGUGGCGGUCAAGGGCGGUAGUGUAAGGGCACCGCGAGGAGUUACGACCGUCCUGACGGCAUCGCAAACACCCACGUCGGCCCAUAACAGCCGCGCGCUCCUCAUUGGAAAGGACACCGCGAGGAGGAACAAAGCCCUUAGGGAGGUCCUGCUGAGGGACCUCGGGGGGCGACGGGCCAGCGUGACCAGGGCGGCUGCGUGCCCGGGAAAUGGUGGAGAGGAUGAGCUGGAGGCGCUCGACCAUAGGGAGAGUAGGGUCCUCCAGGUGGUGGUGGACGACCUCGCCGAGGUCGAGGUCGGCGCUAUGAUCACCCUCUGGUUACAGCGGGGCACCAGCGUCCUGCUCACCAUACUCGAACGCGCUGAAGCGGCACGAGAAGUGGCGGCCCUGCUGCGUGGAACGGCGGGGGCGACCGCGGAAAGGGGAACGGCGCUGGGAAGUGCCGUGAGAGGAGGCGGCGUAACCAGUACACAGGGGCUGGGAGGAGGAGGCGGGGUGAAGACGGGCCCGCAUCCGCUGAUGGUCCCUGGCGGCCUCCUAGGCGAUCUCGUCCUCGAGACCUCGAACGUAGGUCGAGCGAGGUGUGGCAAGGGGAGACGUACGAGCGGCGCGAGGCAUCCCACAAGGGGGAGAGCCAGAUGGCGUUGCGGUCGUGCGAAGAGGAAGGAGAAGUGGGGCACCCGAAAAAACUGCGACUAUGGUAGCGGGUUGUGGUACCGUGCCCGUAGUGACCGGGGUCUGGGCGGGUGCGGCCGUAGACUGAGGAAGGACCUGACUCGUGGCGGCCGUCGUGCUAGGGGUCUCGACGGUCGCCAAGAUGGCCGGGUCAGGGGCCGCGGAGGAGAAAGCUCCGCCGUGGCCACCCUGUCGGAGGACGGGGGACCCGGACUGGGAGCCAGAAGAUGGAGGACACGCAGCAUCCUGGAGUUGCUGCACGCCGGUGGCAAGGGCCGCCACCUACGCCUGCAAGGGCGUGAGGGUCGCGAGUUGCGCCUGGAUGGGCGCAAGGAUCGUGAGUUGCGCCUGGAUGGGCGCAAGGAGGGAGGUGAGGAGGGUGUGCAGAUCCCCCGGGGCUGAUGGCCCUGGUCCGCCAGCACGGGUGUGGGGCCCGAUGUCGUGGUCAUCGCCGUGUCGGCGGCGUGUGACACACCGUCUGCCAUGGGGAGAUGACGGACCGGACUGGAGGGGGCCAGAAGAGGUCCGCGUGAGCGGAGAGCGUAGGGGGAAGUCCGCGGUAGAAAGCGACGAACCGCGCUAGCAAGGCUAGCACGAGCGUCGUCGAAGGGGGAGGGGUGGUUCGGGUCCAGGGUUCCCGAAGAGGACGGGGAAGUAGGGGGGGUUUGAAAAACCCUAAACCCUACAAAAAACCCUAAGAAAACCCUAACCGAAGUUUAAGUGGUUAGGAGGGUAGGGUACCGGUGACCUAAUCAAGGAAGUAAAAUAGCAAGCAUAGG